GUAAUCACUUUUCCUUUUCCAGAUUACGACGAAGAACUAAGUUCAUCUUGCAAAGAUGGCAUCAAGAAAAGUACUUGUUCUGCUUCUCACUGUUUUCAGCCUUCAUCUCGUCAAGGCUAAGACUAGGCGUUCUGAAGGAAGCCAACCCAACGUGCUUUUUAUCCUAUCUGAUGAUCAUGGUUACCGAGAUGUCGGCUACCAUGGUUCGUUGUUUGCAACUCCAGUAAUCGACAAAUUGGCCGCUGAUGGUGUGAAGCUAGAAAACUAUUACGUUCAACCAAUAUGUUCACCGACUAGAUCCGUCCUCAUGUCGGGGCGAUACCAGAUUCGUUAUGGAUUGCAACAUGCUGUUCUCGACCCAAUGGCACCAUCUUGCCUACCUACUGAUGAGGUGACUCUAGCUCAGAAGAUAAAAGAAGCUGGUUACUCAACGCAUAUGAUUGGUAAAUGGCAUCUGGGCUUUUACGAAGAGGCGUGUCUUCCUACCAACAGAGGAUUCGAUACCUUUUUAGGUCUGCUACUGGGCGGAGGCUACCAUUUUAGCCAUUCUUUCCCGACACCAAAGUUUUACGACCUCCAUCGAAACGUCGAAGCUGCAUUGGAAUAUAAUGGCAUUUACUCUACUUACGUGUUUACUAAUGAAGCAAUUGAUAUCAUUAACAAGCAAGAUGAAGACAAGCCUUUCUUCAUGUACUUGGCCUACCAAGCACCGCACGCUCCUCUUGAAGUACCCGAGCAUUACAAGGACCCAUACCGUAGUACUUUCGAAGAUGAAGACAGACUUAACUACGCUGCUAUGGUAUCAUGUGUGGAUGAGGGUAUCGGAAACGUGACAGCUGCACUGAAAGCUAAGGGAAUAUAUAACAACACUGUCAUAAUCUUUUCUAGUGAUAAUGGGGGAAGUGUAAGGGACGGUGGUAACAAUUGGCCAUUGCGUGGAAGUAAGUUGUCCAUGUUCGAGGGAGGUAUGCGAGCUCUCGGAUUCGUUCACAGCCCUCUCCUUUCUGACGAUGUAAAGGGAACUGUGAGCAAGGAACUGUAUCACGUAAGUGAUUGGUUCCCGACAUUCGUCGAAGGUAUCGCUGGAGGGAACACAGACGGAACUAAACCACUAGAUGGCUUCAACCAAUGGGAAUCUAUAAGGGACGGUACUGAUUCUUCCAGAACUGAGCUUUUGCACAACAUUGACCCUCUGUGGACUGUAGCUGGUGGCCGAGAUUGGGUUGUUAAAGAAAGUCCCUUCAACGUCAGUAUUAAUGCUGCAUUAAGGCAAGGAGACUGGAAAAUUGUCACUGGCGACACUGGAUUUUGGGGAUGGUAUGCACCACCUGACACUGGCAUCGACACGAUCAACGGAACAACAACAAAUGAACAAGUGACCUGGUUGUACAAUAUUACGGCAGAUCCACUAGAAAUGAAUGACCUUUCUGAUGAGCACCCUGAUAUUCUCAUGACAAUGUUAGAGAAACUUCAAGAAUACUAUCUUAAUUCGGUACCUGUAUAUUAUCCAGAUACUCAGCCACUACAUGCAUUGCCUUGUUAUAAUGGCAAUAAUUGUAUUUGGGGACCAUGGACACCAAAAUAAGCAAAAAUUAUGUAGCUGUUCUAAAUAAGGUUCUAAAUCGUAGUUUUAACACAAUUAUGUGUCUGAAGUCUCUGUAAUGGGUUUACAUUCUGAGUUAUUGGUAAUAUUUAGUUUAGUUUAGGAUCGUAGUGGUUCUUAGUUGAUAGUUAAUUAUUCUUUAAUGGUUCACUUUUUUAGCUUUUAAUUGGGUUACACACCUUGCGUGUUUUAGAGCCUAUAUGUUUAAACGUGUACGCCUAAACUACUUUUAUUACUAUUCUUAUCAUUAUAGUAUAGAAAAUUAAAGUGACCAAUGUCAAAAAAUAUUAA